GCCUGGGAGAAUAUCUCAGGGCGCCGCCACAAACUUGUUUAACCUUUUAUUAACACAGCAAAACAUACGGGAAAAUUGCCAGUAUGUCGUUUGACGAAUUUGAUCGUAGGGCCUCCCAUCGCGACAGCCUGAAGUCAACCAAGUCGUUGGCCUCCAUCCUGCGAGGACACACAAUACCAGUGAGACGAGGAACCCACGUGUCUCCGGCCCGUGUCUCCGGCUUGAAAGCGGAGGUCGCGGAGUCGCUCACCAAAUCCAUGUCCACUAUAUUCAGGCAGAGCACUAUGAAUAUGCGGUAUGCGGACACCACUCUUCUGGACCUCGAAGAUUGGGUGCUGCAUCCAAGAAAAUUCGACGACGAUGUGGAUGUCAGUCAACACCCCAGCUACAAUAUUAUGUCGUUCUCCUACGAUCUGAAUUGCUAUGUGAGGUAUCUGGAGGCCAAGGAAAAGUACGACAAGCAUUUCCACGAUGAAAUGCAGUACUUCAUAGACACUCAAGACAGGGCCAUCAAUCAGUUUGUCCUGAGGCGCAUCUUGUGCUACAAUAGUCGUUGGCCGCCACUGCACUCAAAACGGGAAAUAAACCGAUUCGUUACAAAGUUCUUUCAGCUGACACCCAAGCAAAAGGAUCGUCUGCACUAUCUCAUGAAAACCGAUCUGAGUUCGGGAUCGUAGACCCUCAAGAGAGCAGCGACAGAGAAAGCGUUGAUAUAAUUACAAAUGCAAUUGCGCUGAUUAUUCCAAAUGAAAAUUGUUUAAUUAGCACAUUUGUAUUCGCAAUUAUGUUAAGCAAUUUCCAGAUAAUUAGUCUUUGAAAAAAAUCCCCCCACAAACAAUAAAUUUAAUUCUCAUUGAAUAUGCUGCAUUUAA